AUGUCAUUCGCUCCCCUUGAGGCCCAUCAACAAUUCCAGCACAUUCUUCGUCUUUUGAACACCAACGUCGCCGGUCAAGGUAAGAUCAUGUACGCUCUUACCGAGAUCAAAGGUGUUGGUCGACGAUACGCAAACUUGGUCUGCAAGAAGGCCGAUGUCGAUCUUGCCAAGCGAGCUGGUGAACUUAACUCCGAUGAACUUGAACGAAUCGUCACCAUCAUGCAAAACCCCGCUCAAUUCAAGAUCCCCAACUGGUUCUUGAACAGACAACGAGAUAUCGUUGACGGCAAAAACUCCCACAUUGUCUCCAACGUCAUCGACCAAAGACUUCGAGAAGAUCUUGAACGAUUGAAGAAGAUCAGAUCCCACAGAGGUCUCAGACACCACUGGGGUCUUAGAGUUAGAGGUCAACACACCAAGACCACCGGUCGACGAGUCGGAAAGACCGUCGUUGGUAAGAAGAAGUAA